CAUUAAAUCACUGAUUCGGAACGCGUAUUCCAUAACUCAGUUUAUCGCAAUUACUUCAUAUAUCCCGAUAUGCCGAAGGGUAUAAAAUGCAGUGACCCCAAUUUGACUUUGAUAUACGAUUACCUUCACUAUCGACGACGCCAAUGUCGAGUUCGGAAGAACAAGCAGAACUCAUCUACCAAGCGUUGGAUGGAUAUCUCAAUUCGCUAUGUCUUGAGUCCCUAAUGCAUGGGUUGUAUACGGCUGUCCUGCUUUCAGGCCUCUCGAAUAUGCUCUUCAACAAAAGAGGUCGCAAUCGCCUGUUCAUGGCUGCCAUUAUCGGCGUGCUUUAUAGUUUCGAAACCGUUCACUUGGGAGUACGAUGGUAUUGGGUACGGCAAGCGUUCAUCGUCAAUGGGGAUUCAAGGAUGGCGAUAUACCAAUCCUUCCUGAAUGAGGAUUAUCGCUGGAUGUGGGCCGUGAGUGGGGUGUUUGCGAGUAUGAAUAUCCUGAUAGCGGAUGUGUCCUGAUUUGGCGCGCCUGGGUUCUGGGAUCGCAAUUUCAAAAUCGUCGUCAUCCCGAUAAUCGGUGCCAUCCUUGAAAUCAUUUUCGACGGAUUC